GGCCGGCGGGAGGGCGGGGCCGGCGGGAGGGCGGGGCCGGCAGGGCCAGUGGCAGCCGCGGAGCUCAGCACCGAGCUGGUGCAGCGCACGGAGGUCGGCACCAUGGGGCAGAUCGAGUGGGCCAUGUGGGCCAACGAGCAGGCUCUGGCGUCCGGCCUGAUCCUCGUCGCCGGGGGCAUCGUGGCCACCGUGGGACGCUUUGCCCAGUGGUACUUCGGUGCCUACUCCAUCGCGGCGGGGGCGCUCGUGUGCCUGCUGGAGUACCCGCGGGGCCGCAGGCGGAAGGGUUCCACCAUGGAGCGCUGUGGACAGAAGUACGUGGCCGCCGCGGUGAAGCUGUUCGGGCCGCUCACCAGGAACUACUAUGUCCGGGCCGUGCUGCACCUGCUGCUGUCGGUGCCCGCAGGCUUCCUACUGGCCACCAUCCUGGGAACCGUGUGCCUGGCCAUCGCAAGUGUCAUCUACCUGCUGGUGAGUGGUGCCCUCACAGUCGCUGGGAUGUCCCCGGCUCUGUCCUUGGCCCUGGUGGCUGGCUCUGAAGGUGGUGCCUGCUGGGAGCUGUGUGUGCCAGGCGGCCAUUCGUGGUGAGCAGUGGUUGCCCAUCGAGUCCAAGCCCAAGGAACGGCCCCAGGCGGAAGACAUCAAGCCACCACCCAGCAACCCCCCACCUCGGCCUCCAGCUGAAGCCCGAAAGAAGCCCAAUGAAGAUGAGGUGGCAGCAGGCGGGAACCCCCAAGUCAACCCCAUCCCUGUGACUGACGAGGUGGUGUGACCCUGGCCUGGACUGGAGCCACCUGCGGCUCUGCCCCCACCGUCUGCUGGAGGACCUGCAGGGGGCAGCACAGCCACCACAAUAAACACAGUUGAACCCGG